AAAAAAACGUUAAUUGCCCAUAUCCCCUCCUCCCCACGAAAUGGUUCCCUCUUUACUACCAUACCAUUUUUGCUUAUUACCAUUGCCUCCUGCCUUUCUUGAACCAGUCUUGGUCCACUCUUUCCUUUCCUUGACGUUUCUUUUAUUCUUUUACUUGUUUCUUCAUCACCCUUUUCUUCUCAGGAAAAAAAAGGGAGAAACUUUGUUCAUUUGUAAACAGGUUGAGGAAAUACUACAGAGAGAUGCCUGAAUGGGUUCAAAUAGCGGUAGCAGCGGUGGGCGUCGGAAUCCUUUUGAUGCUUUUGGUUGUGUUUAUACUUCGGUGUUGUUACCGUAAAGAUAAUAUUGACGACAACAGGGCUGUUGUUGGGACUGGAAAUUUGCAAGACGGGAUUUCUAGACUUCACCAGCCGAGUCUGCAUCAUCAUCAUCAGGUUGAUUUAGAUAUCAAGAGAAGAGGGAAUUACUAUGUUUUCCGACGUGGGGUUUCGGCAAAACCUUUGUUCAAUUGGGCUGAUCAUCCAUCUCUCAUCACCGAUGCAGUUGAAAACGGAUGGUCUCGUUUUGGCUUCACAAGAUACACGUCGUCUCCAUCUACGAGGUCUAGCCUGUUGGGAUUAUGUGCAGCCGGUGACCAUGGAAGAGGGAACGAUGUAGAGGUGAACUGGGAAGUAUGCCAAGGAUCGGCAGAUUUCAUGCAGAAGAUUAGGCUAAAUUCCGGGUCAAAGAAAGGGACUUUAAGCCAUCAUUCUAUGGAGGCAGCAUCUGUUAUUAGAACAGCUUUGCCUUUGCCAGGGCCUCCUUUGGGGAACUCUGCCUUCCCUCAAGAGGCCUAUUUCGAGAUCACGAUUUUAUACUGUCCUGGAGAUAAUCGUGAGUCAAGCGGCAAACUAAGCGAAGGUGAGAAGACAAAACUCAUCCAAGAAAACUCGAACUCGAAAGCAAGUUCAGAAUCUUUGGUCCAUGCUAUUGGCGGUCAUGAUUUUAACACGAUUGACGAAUUAAAGCUUGCUACUAUAGAUGAUGGGAAAGGUGAAGCAGUAAUGUUAUCAGUGGGACUAACUGCAGGAGACUCUCUUCCUUUGAAGCUUCCUGGUAGUUAUCCAGGAUCCAUUGGUUUCAAUUCGGAUGGUUCUGUCUAUCUAGAUGGGAUUAAACUAGUGUUUGAAUCAGAGAAAGAAGAGUGGGGGAAAACAGAGAAGGUGAUAGGUUGCGGGUUCGAUCCUAGGCAAAAGAAAGUGUAUUUCACAUUAGAUUCGGAGCUGGUACGUGUAAUAAAUUGCAAGACUGAGGAAUUUGGAUCACCCCUUUAUCCAACUCUUGCUGCAAACGAUGAUGUUCUGGUCCUUGUUAAUUUCGGACAAAGUGCCUUCGCAUAUGGCCCCGCAAAUGGACAACGGACACCAAAUCCAUGCUUCAUUGGCCCUCUCGUAAACUCCCCUGCCGCUGCUCUCGGCUAUGAAGACAGCAAAGAACUGUUUUCGAUGGGAAGAAUUGAUUCCCAAUGGUUUAACAGAAGCACAACCAAAGGCAGCCACAACAAUGGAACUAACUACUAUUCAACGUCGGAAUUCGAUGAGGAAUCUGAGGCCGAUUUAUUCGAAAUCAUCUUGGACAGUAAUGGAAGAUCCCCCAACUCGGUUUUGUAGCCUACAAGACUGACAAUUUUGUUUCUCCAAGUUGUCUGGUUUAGGCGUUGAAUCAAGUGUUUCUCGUGAGAGUGACAUCGUUUGCCAUUGGAAGGAUUAGAGUUUCGAUAGGAGGUUGAUUUAUUUUGACUUGAAUGGUUGAACCUCUGCAAUAUUUUUAGCAGCUUGUUCAUCUUCGAAAAUACAGAUACAUGAAACUAUAUGAGGAAUUGGGUGCCGAAAAUAAUUUUAAAAAUUUACAAUGUUGACUGACAAUUGGGCUUUUGCCAUGUAUAUUGCCUUCUCAACUAUAUGUAAUUUACACUGUAUAGAAUCAAAUAACACUUGAUCCUUUCGAAA